CAGCAGUUAACAGCACUUUAGCUCGCUGGUUUCCUCAGGAUGUCUGGCCGCGGAAAGGGUGGAAAGGGCCUAGGCAAAGGGGGCGCCAAACGCCACCGCAAAGUGCUGCGAGACAACAUCCAGGGCAUCACCAAGCCCGCCAUCCGGCGCCUGGCCCGGCGCGGCGGCGUCAAGCGCAUCUCCGGCCUCAUCUACGAGGAGACCCGUGGGGUGCUGAAGGUGUUCCUGGAGAACGUGAUCCGGGACGCCGUCACCUACACCGAGCACGCCAAGCGCAAGACCGUCACCGCCAUGGACGUGGUCUACGCGCUCAAGCGCCAGGGCCGCACCCUCUAUGGCUUCGGCGGCUAAAAGGAAACCUGGGAUCCUGAUUAUUUGCUUUAAAAGGCCCUUUUUAGGGCCCCCAA